GUGUUUGAGUCGGUGUAUAGUGUAUUUAGUUUCGUUAGUGUUAUUUAAUAUUUAUAAAUAAAAAUAUGUAAUGUUGUGCAGUUUGUGAAGUGAUUUGUGAUUAUAGGAAGUACGUUUAUCAAGGAUGGCCGAGAUAAUUUUCCAGCGACGAAAAAUCCCAACAGUAGUAUCAGACCCGAACCCUCUGAUCAUUCUUCUGAUACUCUCCCUACUACAGUCAUGUUGGGCACAGGUGAUAAACAGGGCACCACACUUCGUGCCUCAGAUCGGAGACAUGUCACAAUUCAGCCUUUCUGAAGACACACCUGUUGGAACACCGGUUUACCAUUUAAAAGGGGUUGAUCCAGAAAAUGGUCCAUUGCGGUACUCUAUAUCAGGACAGUACUUCUCAGUAGACUCGUUGACUGGCGUCGUAACUCUCGCUAAGACCCUGGACAGGGAAGAGCAGAGUGCUUUGGAGGUCAUCAUUAGCAUAACUGAUGAAGGUAUAGCCGACACUGAGCCCAAUACGAUUUCACUAAGGCGAGUGAUACCAGUGAAGGACGUGAAUGACAAUCCUCCGAUCUUUCAUAACCGGCCAUACAUUGUAAACAUCAGUGAAGCCACUACUGUCGGGACUGAGAUUGAGGUUAACCCAAAAAUAACGGUAACAGAUAGUGAUGAAGGAGAAAAUGCAAGAAUAAGAGUAACUUGCUCUACUAAACACAAAGGAAGCGACUCUGAAGCAUGUACCACGUUUAGAGUAGUAACUGAUAUGGUAACACCAAACGAAUACCAAGUUCGUUUAUUCCUAAAUCAACCUUUAGACUUCGAGAGUAGAUCAGCAUACGUCAUCAGUUUGGAAGCCACUGACUCUUCAGACAGGCCACUAAGAGCUCUCGCUAGUGUUUCAGUCGCUGUAUGGGACGUACAAGAUCAACCACCAAUGUUCUUAAAUGCACCGUUUUCUGCCACUGUACCAGAAAACACUUUACCAAAUACCAGUAUUAUGGACAUUAUAGCUAAAGAUGGUGAUACAGCUAACCCUCGUCAAGUUUUGUUAACCCUCGAAGGUGAUACUGAACAAUACUUCAAGUUGCUACCCGACAGACCUUUGGGACGAGCUACACUGGUGGCAUCAGACAUUCCUAUUGACAGAGAAAGUGAUGUUGUAAUGCAAAAUGGUGGCGUCUACAGUUUCUUUGUCAAGGCAACAGAAUUGAUAAAUAAUGAAGUGCCUUCAGACUUCACAGUGACUACUAUAACUAUUAUCGUUACCGAUGUCGACGAUCAUGUUCCAAAGUUCAAUAAAGACGAGUUCGAUAUAGCAAUACCCGAAAACAUAGAGAAUGGAAGUCCCAUCCCUGGUUUAUCGAUAUACGUUGAAGAUCACGACAUAGGUGUAAACAGUAAAUAUGAUUUAAAAUUGAGAGAUGUCUGGAAUUCUGAAGGAGUAUUUUCGAUAAGUACAGAUCACGGCGAAGGAAGAACACCAAUCAGCAUUAAAGUUAAAGAUUCCUCGAAGUUAGACUAUGAAGUAGAUGAUGAUGAUAAACGGUUAUUUAGUUUUGACAUUGUUACAUCUGCUAAUGGAGUCGAAUUAUCGUCAGCACGGGUUAACAUAAAACUUCUUGACAUGAAUGACAACACACCUAUUUUCCAAGAAUCUACUUAUAAAUUCAACGUUCCUGAAAAUGCAACUAUUGGAACCAAAAUAGGCGAUGUAUUUGCUACAGACAGAGACUAUGGGAUAUUUGGUGAGAUCGAAUACACUUUAACUGGGUUUGGGUCUAAUAUGUUUAAGACCGAUAAAAAUAUGGGUGGAGUAUAUGUAAGACAGAUACUAGACUAUGAGAAACAAAAAAGCUACAGUCUAACACUGUUUGCUAAAGAUGGAGGUGGAAAAGGAUCGACAGCGAGUAUUUUUAUUGAUGUGAUGGAUGUAAAUGAUAACGCUCCUCUAUUUGAAGCUGCAGAAUACAGUAGGACUAUUAGAGAUGGUGCUACUACCUUUGAACCACAAUUUGUUAUUCGGGCAACCGAUGCAGAUGGUCCAACCCAAGGUGAUGGCCAAAUUAAAUACUCAUUGGAAUCGGACAACAGUAUAAGUCGCAAAGGCAACGUAUUCACAAUAGAUGAAGAAACAGGAGAAAUAAGUAUUAUCGAAAAAGUUGAUAGUAUGGAUACUCCCCGAGGCCAGUAUGAACUAGUCGUCAGGGCUACAGAUUACGGUAUUCCACCACUCCACAAUGAAACUCGGGUCUAUAUUCGCGUGGGCGUUCCAGGUAACCAACGACCAACUUUUAAGGGUAACUAUCAUCACUACAAAUAUACUGUCUCACAAAAUAGCCCUGAGACCACAGAAGACUUUACAUUUGAUUUAAACCCAAUGAACUAUAAGGCAAACAUAAGAGAAGACGCUAAGCCUGGACAAAAUGUGACCAUGGUCGUGGCUAAUGAUCCCGACGGUCUCGAUGAUUUACUCACGUAUCACAUUGUAUCAGGGUCAAAAGACAAUUUUGUAAUAAAUGAGAAAACUGGACUUAUAACGGUAUCUAACGAUGCAAAUUUAGACAGAGAUAUUAACCCGGAACGAUACGAAAUCAUUGUAUCAGCUGUUGAUAGCGGAAUGCCUAUACCAGAAACAGCGACAACCACAGUUUUCGUGACAAUACAAGAUGUAAAUGAUAAACCACCAAAAUUCAAUGCAUCUGAAUCAACUACACAUAUUUCUGAAAAAUCAAAAAUAGAUGAUUUGGUCACAAAAAUUACAGCUUAUGAUACGGAUGUCAACGCUAAGUUGCAAUAUAGUAUUGUGCAGCCAAUUAAGGCCCUUUCUAAAGCUGGUGUUCCGCUUAAACCUAACUCGCCAUAUGAUUACAAACAUAUUUUCCGGAUUAAUGAAAACACUGGAGAAAUAUUUGUAAAUGGAACUUUGGAUUACAGUAUGGCAUCAAUAGUUAUCUUGACAAUCAAAGUUGUGGAUGUUAAUGCAGAAAUCAACAAGGAUAAACAAUUUGCUGUUAUAGAACAUACAAUUUAUAUACAGCCUUACGCUGAUAAAAAUCCACAAUUUACAAAUGCUGGUUGGACUAGUUCGAAUCCAGUAAUAUACCACAAAAUCAAAGAAGAACAGCCUAUUGGAAGUACUGUUCUUGUUUUGACAGCAGAAGAUCCAGUUUCUGGGCAUGUAGUGUCCAGCUAUAAGGUUAUAAAUGCAGAAACUGGCUUACUUCAAGUAGAUCCUCUCAGUGGUCAAGUGGUUUUAACAAAACACUUAGAUUAUGAAGACUUAACGACCCCAAAUUUGACAAUAACAGUGAAAGCCGCAAGCAAUGAUGGUAGCAAGCAUAGUAUUGCUAAAAUUAUCAUAGAAGUUAUGAACAUAAACGACAAUCCACCUAUUUUUGAAAAAGAUCUUUACAAAGUGAGUGUUUUAGAGUCUGUUAAAUAUCCAGAGCAGAUUGUUUUGGUUAAAGCUCAUGACGCAGAUGCCGUAUUAACUGAAGAAGAUAAAGUGAAAGGUUAUUCAGACAUCAGAUACACGUUGAGAGGCGAAAAUUCUGACCUGUUUAAAAUUGAUAAUGUUACUGGGUCGAUACAGGUAGCCGAAAAUAAAACAUUAGACAGAGAGCGACAAUCAGUUCUUCGAUUGGAAAUUGAAGCAGCUGAUACUCCGAACGGGGGAGCUGAAAAAUUGAAGACUACUGCCACUAUUCUCGUAGAUGUUCUUGAUGUUGAUGAUAACUCACCCACAUUUGAGAAAAGUGUUUAUACAGCCGUUGUGCCAGAAAAUGUACCCAUUGGUAUAAGCGUCAUAAACGUGACCGCAACAGACCCAGAUGAAGGAUUGGGUGGAGAAAUCAAAUACGACUUUCUAGAUGAAGGGGAAGCUAAUGGUCUUUUCAUAAUUGACGCAGUAACAGGAGAAAUCAAAACUCGUAAAGUGCUCACUGGCCGUGGUCGCACAGAUCCUUAUAGAUUGUUAGUUGGUGCCACUGAUGGUGGUGGACAUUCUGGCGACACCUCAUUGUCUUUAUACAUCGGUGACGUCAGUGCUAAUGAUGGUGUCCCAAGGUUCAUUAGGCCGGCUGCUGGGGAAAUAUUAAGUGUUAGCGAGAACGCAACAAUAGGAUCUGCAGUUUAUCAAGUCGUUGCAAGUGACCCGGACGACCCAACUCAGCCUUCAGGACAAUUAUUCUAUUCUAUACAACCAAGCAAUCCUGAUGCCAAGAUAUUUGCUAUCGACCCUCACUCUGGUCAAAUUACAACAAGGCAGUCGCUGGAUAGGGAGAAAAAGGCCUCAUAUACGUUGGUACUACUAGUCACAGAUAGAGGCCAACCACCCCAACAGAGUACCCGAAUUGUUACUGUUAUGGUCACUGACGUCGAUGAUCAUAAACCACACUUUGGAAGGAACUCGGAUGAUCCGCCAGUUUUAAUGACGGUAAAAGAGGAAGUUCCCAUUGGAACUGUAAUUGGUCAACUUGAAGCUAUUGAUGAAGACAUAGACGAGAACGCUGCCAUCGACUACGCAAUAACUGUUGGGAAUGAAUUUGGCUUACUAAAACUAGAAAGAACAAAUGACAGUAAAGCUCUGAUCAUAGCAGCAGCAAGACUAGAUAGAGAGACGGUGUCAAAGCAACUGAUAACUGUAAAAUGUUUCAAGUAUGGUACACGACCGAGACUAACCAAAUCGUAUAAUAGACUGGAUCCCUCAGAAACGCAGGUGUUAAUCAAAAUCCUGGAUAUAGAUGAUCAUCUUCCAGAAUUUGAGAGUGCUAACAUGACAGUGGGAGUCAGGCUGAAUGUGCCUAUAGAUACUAUGAUAGCAUCAGUCAAGGCUACUGACAAAGACCCUGAUGCAAAGCCUAUUAACUACAGUAUUGUCAACAUGACUUUUGUAUCACCGAUUAAGGGUAAAUCCUUGGACAAUAUCACCGAUGUAAUUGUUCUGGACAAUGUAACUGGAGAUUUGAAGAUUAUGAAGAAUUUGAUACAUUAUGCCGAUGGUAUAUUUAGGUUAAUCGUACGUGCCAACAACACAAACGAUACGGAAAGAUUCAGCGAUAUUCUAAUAGAGGUGGUGGUAGUACGCGAACGCGACCUUCUCCGGCUAGUGAUGCCUGGUGGAACAAGACAGAAGUACUCUGACCUACGCGACAGGAUGUCAGCUGCCCUCGCACAGAAAGGACUUCGAAUGCAGCUGCACGAUGCCAAUACAGCAUUCUUUGCUCAUCCAGGGCCAUGUUUCCAAUUCAGGAAAAUGGAUUCCGGUGAAGCUUUAACACCAAAAGCCAUGAAGGCAACAAUUCGUGCCCUCGGAACCGAGUUCCAAGAGAUCCUUGAAAACUUCAAUGUGCAUAACAUUACUAACUGUGGUGUAUCACGAACGAAACAUUCGCCGGCGCAACAUGCAUUGCUGGCUUUAGCUGGAGUACUGCCGUUAGCAGCAUUCAUAGCCACCCUUGUACUGUGCUGCAUGCAUUCUAGUGCCAAGAAGAGAGCUCGUGAAGCCCUCCUCAUAACAAGAGAGCCACCCCCAGUAGCUGCCAGCAACAUAUCAGUACCAACUAGGCUAUAUGCAGAACCUCUAUAUACAACGUGACGACACAAAGAAAACUAAGCUGUAAAAUUAUUUAGCAAAAGAUUUAAGUCAAGGACUCAUGCUGAGAUGCGACGGCACGCAUAAUAUUUAUGUUGUUCCCGGAUCCCCGUAUGAGAAGUAACACCCCACCAAGCUGAUCUUUAAUCAGUCCAAAAGAUUCCUUGGUCUGUCCAAAACGAGGUGGUUCUAAAAGGAUUUUACAUAAGGGUCAAUAAGUAUAAAGAUAUAAGAGUCAGUUGUUUUGUGUCAUAUUUGUAUGAAAAAAGGAAAAUUUAAAGAAUGAGUGAGAUUAUAGCUAAAUAUUUUUAGCUGACCUACAAAAAUAUU